CCUUGCUAUCCCAUCACCUCACACAACUAAUGUCCUUCAGGCGCUCUGGUCUCUCCUACAUUUUUGGACUGGAAGAAAAUGAAGCUGGUGGCACUUGUUUUGAUGAUGAUGAUGGUGUGCUCUUGCUUGGCUACACCAAUUAGAGCAAGAAUGCGUCAAAUGCAUGAAAAAGAAGAGCAAAAACAGCUUGAUAAUGCAGUUGCAGUAGAGAGCAUAGAUGAAGAAAAGAGCAAAGUUAGUUAUCCAGAUGGCAGCAUCGAAAACCACCAUAGCAUACCUAGACAAUACUUCAAUCAGCAGGGUAGUGGUUCUAAUGGAGAUGAUGGUGAUAACAAUGACAAUGGAAGCGGGCUACGAGAACAGAAUCCAUUUUAUGCAAAGUCCAUCUUCCAACUAAUUAUUGAGAAACAACAUCAAUCAACAUCGUCACCUCCGAAAGAGUCCACUGCCUAUGAUGCUUCCUCCGACCACCAGCCUCUUCACAGACUCAGCUGGAGAAGUUCCUUAGAAAUUGGCACAUGUAUUUUUGCAAAGAAGCUGCAUAUAUAUAUUCAACUCUAA